GCGGCCGCAAUGCUAAGGUGUCUACGGUGUUUCGUCGUUUGUUUACUGAUUAGGAAAAUCAUAAAGUACCGGAUCGUGUACUCGAUUUUUAUGUGAAAACUAAACGUUUUUUAACGUAUCGACUUACUCGAAUUUCUAAAAUUCACUUCAAAAUAUUCACAUUAUUUUUUGUAUCCUGUAGUAUUACGCAUUAGCAGCAAAAAUGCCUGUUACAAAGAAUAACAAGAUGAUGCAGCACAUCAAUUAUAGAGUGCGCGUUAUAUUACAAGAUUCCAGAAUGUUUAUCGGCACAUUUAAAGCCUUUGAUAAACAUAUGAACUUGAUUUUGGCCGAUUGUGAAGAAUUUCGUAGAUUGAAAAGUAAAGCCAAAGUACCCACAAUACCCGCUGAACCGAGAGAAGAAAAGCGUGUACUUGGUUUUGUCUUAUUACGUGGACAAAAUAUAGUAUCUAUAACUAUUGAAGGACCUCCUCCACCUGAAGAAGGUCUUCCUAGAGUACCACUGCCAGGUGGGGGUGGUCCAGGUUCUAGCCGUGCUGCUGGACGAGGGAUGCCCUCAGUUAUACCAUCAGCAGCUACACCUGGUUUACAAGGACCAGUGAGAGGUGUUGGAGGUCCUUCACCAGCUGCAAUGGCACCCACUAGAGGUGCUCCAGCUCAACCACCAAUAAGAGGUCCACCAAUGAUGGCUCCUCCACCAGGCAUAAUGGCUGGUAUGCCACCAAUGCCUGGCAUGGGUCGAGGUGGACCACCACCAAUGCCAGCCAACAACAUGCGUGGUCCUCCACCUAUGAUGAGAGGUCCUCCAGCUGGUCCAAGAGGAUAUUAGUAGGUAAUACUAUUAUUAUCUGCUGAAGAUUUGAUAUAACUAAAUAAAUAAUUACAUAAUAUUUAACAGUUAUAUUACCAAUUUCAUAAAUAAGUAAUGUUCAACUACAUAUUUAAUUUAAUAUUGUAAAUUCUUUUGAUUUAAUAACUACUAAUGAUAAAAUAACAUGAUUCUAUGUACUAUUAUAAUAUGUAUAAUAUAAGUAUGAAAUUGGGCAAAUCUAUAAAAUAAUCAACGUCUAUUAGUUAUUUAUAUUGGUUCAUCUUUGUUGGUUUUUUUUUUUAGUAUAUGGACUGUAUUUGCUAGUUAUUUUCGUGUGUAUUGCAUGUAUAAUUUUAAAAAUUAAAACUUAAACUAUUUUCUAUACAUCAUAUUAGCAAGUAUUAAUUUACUUGCUUAUAAUUUUGUACAUAAAUUAGUAUAAAUGCUCACAUAUUGUGUUGUAAUAUUAUUUUUAAGGCAUAAUUUUAUCUCAUCUAUAAACUAAAUUGAAAAAGUUAAUCAAUGACAAAUAUUGCAACAAAUUAUAUAAAAUAAAAUAAUUGUAUUAUUUAUAGAAUUAAAAUGUCUGUAAUUGUUUUGAUAUAAUUACCUUAUUUAUAUUCCAUUUAUUUUGAAUAAAUAAAUGUUUAUUUUUUUUCA